ACUAGUAGAGUACUCUGUCGGCCACGUCGCUAGACAUCUACUAGUAGUGUUAAGAUCCGUUCCUCACCGGCGGCUUCAGAUCACAAGUCAAUGGCGUCGAGCUUUUCCAGGUCCUCCCUCUUCUUCUUGGUAGGAGCAGUAAUUUUCUUCUUCCUCCUUAAUACCUCUCUGGCCGAGAUCCGUUCGACUGAAAUCCGAUCCGAUUCGCGAUCCACCAUCCCUUUUGACGAAUUCGGUUUCACCCAAUCUGGACGCCUCAAUCUCACCAUCACCCGCAUCUCCUUCUCCAACUCCAAACCCCAGCUCCACCUCUCUCAACUGGGUUUCUACCUCUGCACCCGCGACUCCUGGGCCCAAGUCGUCCAACAACUCCAAGAUGGUGACAUCCAGUGCCCCCUCCGGUCCCAACACAUCAAACCCGUCUUCAAUUUCAAUCAUCUCAAACCCGAUCACAAUCCCACCCUCCACUCCUUCGAAGUCUCCGAUGCGUCCGUCAAAGUCUCCGAUGCCAAUCUCUUCACUCUUCUCUUCUCUAAUUGCGUGCCCGAUUUGGAGGUCUCCAUGGACGUUCACUCCGUCAUGUACAAUUUCAACCCCAAAACCGGUCAGCUUGAUUUCUUAUCCGCCGGCAAAACUUGUUUGCCUCUUGUUUACUUCUUGUUUUUCCUGGCUUACUUAGCGAUGGCGGCUGUUUGGGUUUAUACCCUCUACAAUAACCGAUUGACCGCUUAUAAGAUUCACUUCUUUAUGCUCUCCGUUGUCAUCUUAAAAGCCUUGAAUUUAUUGUGUGAAGCCGAGGAUAAAUCCUAUAUUAAGCGGACCGGGGCUGCUCAUGGGUGGGAUGUUUUGUUUUAUUUGUUUAGUUUCUUGAAGGGUAUCACGUUGUUCACUCUGAUCGUUUUGAUUGGGACUGGAUGGUCGUUUUUGAAGCCAUACUUGCAAGAUAAGGAGAAAAAGGUGCUCAUAAUUGUUAUCCCGUUGCAAGUCGUCGCCAAUGUUGCUCAGGUUGCCAUAGAUGAGACCGGCCCCUUUGGCCAUAAUUCUGAUACUUGGAAGAAGGUUUUUUUGCUUGUAGACAUCCUUUGUUGUUGUGCUGUAUUGUUUCCCAUUGUUUGGUCGAUUAAGAACUUGCGAGAGGCUGCCAAAGUGGAUGGAAAGGCUGCAGUGAAUUUGAUGAAGUUGACAUUGUUCAGACAGUACUACAUCAUCGUGAUCUCGUAUAUAUACUUUACCAGAGUUGUGGUUUAUGCCUUGGAGACUAUUACUUCGUACAAGUUUCAGUGGACUGGUCCUGUGGCUGCUGAAUUGGCUACCUUGGCCUUUUACCUAUUUACUGGCUAUAAUUUCAGACCUAAGGUGCAAAACCCGUAUUUUGCUAUUGAUGAUGAAGAGGAGGAAGCUGCUGCUGAGCAACUCAAGCUUGAAGAUGAAUUUGAGUUGUGAUGUUUCCAUCCACGUGCAGUCUUGAGGGAUAUCUACUAACAGGAUGAGGAUGGAAGUUUGUUUAACAAGAGUUUCUAUAUUUUCUCCAACAUCAAUGAGUAAGCAUCCUUGUCAUCAUGUAUACCAUAAAUUUGCUUCUCUCUCUCUCUCGUUUUUUUUUUUUUUGGGCUGUUGGGGUGAGGAGGGGGGCUGUUUCCUUGGUUCAAACAGUAGAUACUUUGCAAUCGCUGAGGUCCAAUGCUGCCACCAUUACUUUGUCUACCAUUGCACUGGGUAGCUUGUGAUUAGAAUUAAAACAGUGAAGCAUUACACUCUCUUUGUGAGUAUACGUUUGGUGCAGAGAGCUAUGUAAAAUUGAUGAAUAAUGAGCAUUUGUUUUCGUCAGUAUAAGUUUAGUGCAGGCUAUUUUAUUUUUGCUUUUUGACUUGUAAUGAAUGACAUAGAGAGAGCCAUUCUUUCAUGAAUUCCACAAUUUGCAUUUAAAGA